AUGGCUGCCGAUAUCUCGUGGGACGAAAUCAAGAACGAAAAUGUUGAUCUUGAGAAAAUACCAGUGGAAGAAGUGUUUCAACAGUUGAAAUGCUCACGAGAUGGUCUAUCAUCUGAAGAAGGAAGAAACAGACUUCAGAUCUUUGGACCAAAUAAGCUAGAAGAGAAAGAAGAGAACAAAAUUCUCAAGUUUCUUGGGUUUAUGUGGAACCCUUUGUCAUGGGUGAUGGAAGCAGCCGCGCUAAUGGCCAUCGUGUUGGCCAAUGGCGAUGGUAGACCACCGGAUUGGCAAGAUUUUGUUGGUAUUAUGUGUCUUCUCAUAAUCAAUUCAACCAUUAGUUUUUGGGAAGAGAACAAUGCUGGAAAUGCAGCUGCUGCUCUUAUGGCUAAUCUUGCACCAAAGACUAAGGUCUUGAGGGAUGGAAAAUGGGGAGAGCAAGAAGCUGCAAUAUUAGUACCAGGAGACUUGAUUAGUAUAAAGUUGGGUGAUAUUGUUCCAGCCGAUGCUCGUCUUUUAGAAGGUGAUCCUCUUAAGAUUGACCAAUCUGCACUUACCGGGGAAUCUCUUCCCGCGACUAAGCAUCCAGGAGACGAGGUCUUCUCUGGCUCUACUUGUAAACAAGGUGAAAUUGAAGCUGUUGUGAUAGCAACUGGUGUGCAUACCUUCUUUGGAAAGGCAGCUCAUCUUGUUGAUAGUACAAACAAUGUUGGACAUUUCCAAACGGUUCUUACGGCGAUUGGUAACUUCUGCAUAUGUUCUAUCGGAGUAGGAAUGUUGAUUGAGAUAAUUGUAAUGUACCCCAUUCAACACAGAAAGUACAGAGAUGGAAUUGACAACCUUCUUGUGCUUCUCAUCGGAGGAAUCCCAAUUGCAAUGCCAACUGUGUUAUCUGUAACAAUGGCUAUUGGUUCCCAUAGAUUAUCUCAACAAGGAGCCAUUACAAAGAGAAUGACCGCUAUCGAAGAAAUGGCCGGUAUGGAUGUUCUUUGUAGUGACAAAACCGGGACUCUCACUUUGAACAAACUUACAGUUGACAAGAACCUAAUUGAGGUGUUCCCAAAAGAUGCAGACAAAGACACAGUCAUGUUACUUUCAGCUAGAGCUUCAAGAACAGAAAAUCAGGAUGCUAUUGAUGCUUCCAUUGUUAAUAUGUUGGCUGACCCAAAAGAGGCUAGAGCAGGAAUCACUGAGGUACAUUUCUUGCCAUUUAAUCCUGUGGAAAAGCGUACUGCGAUCACAUACAUAGAUAGCAAAGGAGAUUGGCAUAGGUGCAGCAAGGGUGCUCCUGAACAAAUAAUUGAUCUUUGUGAACUCAAAGGAGAGCCUAGGAAAAGAGCUCUUGACGUGAUCGACAAGUUUGCGGACCGUGGCCUUCGUUCACUUGGAGUUGCUCGUCAGACGGUUCCUGCUAAAGAUAAAGAAAGUGCGGGAAGCCCGUGGGAGUUUGUAGGUCUUUUACCACUCUUUGAUCCUCCAAGACAUGAUAGUGCAGAGACUAUAAGACGAGCUCUUGAGCUUGGUGUAAAUGUUAAGAUGAUCACUGGUGACCAAUUGGCUAUUGGUAAAGAGACUGGUCGUAGGCUUGGGAUGGGAACCAACAUGUAUCCUUCUUCUUCUCUACUUGCGAACAAAGAUGACACCACUGGUGGAGUUCCUGUGGAUGAACUCAUCGAAAAGGCAGAUGGAUUCGCAGGAGUCUUCCCUGAGCACAAGUAUGAAAUCGUAAGAAAACUGCAAGAGAAGAAGCACAUCGUAGGUAUGACCGGAGACGGUGUCAAUGAUGCUCCGGCACUAAAAAAGGCAGACAUUGGUAUUGCUGUAGACGAUGCAACUGACGCAGCAAGAAGUGCCUCAGACAUUGUUUUGACCGAGCCAGGACUGAGUGUAAUUGUGAGUGCAGUUUUGACUAGUCGAGCUAUAUUCCAACGUAUGAAGAAUUACACCAUCUAUGCAGUCUCUAUCACCAUACGUGUAGUCCUUGGCUUCAUGCUCGUAGCUCUCAUAUGGAAAUUUGACUUCUCUCCCUUCAUGGUUCUCAUCAUUGCCAUCCUAAAUGAUGGAACUAUCAUGACCAUCUCCAAGGAUAGAGUGAAGCCAUCUCCAAUCCCUGAUUCAUGGAAGUUGAAAGAGAUCUUUAGUACCGGAGUUGUUCUAGGAACCUACAUGGCUCUCAUGACGGUCGUCUUCUUUUGGCUAGCUCAUGAUACUACUUUCUUCGAGGACAAAUUUGGAGUAAGGUCACUUCAAGGUAAAGAUGAUGAGUUAAUGGCGGCUCUGUAUCUACAAGUUAGUGUUAUUAGUCAAGCUCUCAUCUUCGUCACUCGAUCAAGGAGCUGGUCCUACGUUGAGCGUCCAGGACUUCUACUUCUCUUUGCAUUCCUGAUUGCACAACUGAUUGCCACUAUCCUUGCCGCAAUGGUGACAAUGAAGUUUGCAAGAAUGAAAGGUUGUGGAUGGGGAUGGUGUGGAGUCGUAUGGCUUUACAGUCUCGUCACAUAUAUUCCUCUUGAUAUUCUUAAAUUCAUUAUACGUUACACUCUCAGUGGAAAGGCUUGGAAUAACAUGAUCGAGAAUAGAACCGCGUUCACCACCAAGAAAGACUAUGGUCGGGGAGAGCGAGAGGCUCAGUGGGCGCUUGCUCAACGUACUCUCCAUGGCCUUAAACCUCCGGAGUCCAUGUUUGAUGACAAGGCGACUUAUUCCGAACUUUCGGAGAUUGCUGAACAAGCGAAAAAGCGUGCAGAAGUUGCUAGGCUAAGAGAGGUACAUACUCUAAAAGGACACGUUGAGUCUGUCGUGAAGCUCAAGGGACUUGACAUUGAUAACCUUAACCAGCACUACACUGUCUAA